GCAGUGCUACACAAGGGCACCAGGCAAACCACACACAUUCUCAAAAACAAAAUGGGGAAGUGUUUUCUUGCCAGCAUCCUAGUCCUUUUCUUGAAUCUUGCAUCACUCCUCCCUUCUUCAGCUUGCCCCUACUGCCCUUAUCCGACUCCAUCCCCGCCUCCACCACCAAAAGAAGUCCCUUGCCCUCCAUCACCAAAGUCGAAACCCCCACCAUCACCGCCAAAGCUUAAACCUCCUCCACCACCUCCAAAGCUUAAACCUCCACCACCACCACCAAAAAUCAAACCGCCACCGCCACCACCAAAGUCUAAACCUCCACCAUCACCACCAAAGCUCAAGCCUCCUCCACCACCUCCAAAGCUUAAACCUCCACCACCACCACCAAAGAUCAAACCGCCACCGCCCGCCGCCGCCUACAGCCCUCCACCUCCACCACCAAAAGUCAUACCACCGCCCUCUAAUGUACCAUGCCCACCACCACCACCACCACCAAAAGUCAUACCACCGCCAUCUAAUGUACCAUGCCCACCUCCUCCAAUCGCACAUAGAUGCCCGAUAAACACCCUAAAGCUUGAUGCUUGUGUUGACUUGUUAGGUGGUCUAGUGCACAUUGGAAUUGGUUCGGGUACAACAGGAGCUUGUUGCCCGUUACUUGAAGGAUUAGCUGACUUAGAUGCAGCACUAUGCUUGUGCACAGCAAUUAGGGCUAAAGUUUUGAAUAUAAACAUACUGCUUCCUAUUGCUCUUGAGGUUUUGGUAGAUUGUGGGAAGCAUCUUCCUUCUGAUUAUCAGUGUCCAGAUGCCUAGGCCAAGAUAAGAUGAGAUUUUUUGUGAGUUGUUUGUUAUUGGUUAUUGUUGUUUUUCUAUGUAUUUGUAUUCUGUAUGGCUUCAUGAAAUGAGGGAGCUUUUUCUUGAAUAAAUCUGGUUUGCUCGUGUA